AAUCAGAAACAAUAUCGUAUUCCUGGAGGACAAGCAGAAAUUACUGCAACCAUAAAAGACUACUUGGAGGCAGGAGUUUUGAAACCAGUGACAACAAAAUGGAAUAAUCCAUUGUGGCCAGUCCGUAAAUCGGAUGGUACAUGGAGAAUGACUGUAGACUUUAGAGGUCUAAAUAAACAUACACCGGCUUUGACUUCAGCUGUACCUGAUGCUGUGAGCAUAAUUGAACGAGUGCAACAUCACAGCGGCACGUGGUAUGCUGUUAUAGACUUGGCUAAUGCAUUCUUUACUAUACCAAUCCCAGAGGAUAGGAUGGAACAGUUUGCAUUUACGUGGGAAGGACGGCAAUAUACAUUCACAAGAUUGCCACAAGGAUAUUUACACAGUCCCACUAUUUGUCAUAGAGUGGUGGCGGAGCAUUUGGAACAGUUCCAGGUUCCAAUGAGAAUGAUGAUCUCACAUUACAUUGAUGACAUUAUGCUUCAAGAAGAUACAGAAGCAGAAGUAGUGGAAUAUCUACCGAAAUUAGUGACUCAUAUGAAAUCAUUUGGCUGGGAAAUUAAUCCAGCAAAGAUUCAGGGACCAGCUCAAACAGUGAAAUUCUUACCUUUAGGAUUCUGGUCGAGAAAACUCCCGGACGCAGGUAUGCGUUAUACACCUUUUGAAAAACAGCUUUUAGCAUGCUAUUGGGCGUUGAUUGAAACUGAAUCACAAACGGUGGGACAUGAAGUAAUGAUGAGGACACAGAUACCUAUUCUCUCAUGGGUGAUGAGUAAUCCCACCACUCACCGAAUAGGGACAGCUCAGGAGGCUAGUGUGAUAAAAUGGAAAUGGUAUGUGUCAGAGCGUGUAAAACCAGGUGAAAAAGGGGUGUCAUUGCUGCAUGAACAAGUAGCUGAUGCUCCUGAGGAAGAUGAGGAACCUUUUGAAGUUCAACCAUUGGAGGAAUCUCCUGUUAAAGCAGGAAAAAGGUGGGAUGAUUUGUCAGAUGAUGAGAAAAGUCGAGCAUGGUUCACUGAUGGUUCCUGUCAAUAUCAAGCAGGAAAAAGGCGAUGGAAAGCAGGAGCUUUUAAUCCACAAUUAGGUCAGUCUCUGGAAGAAUUAGGAGAAGGAAAAAGCAGUCAGUGGGCGGAGUUGAAGGCCAAUCGAAAGGCUACCGGUCGGUGGUGGUAG